AUGAAGCCCGUCUUCAGUGAUGUGUCUCAUCUUUUGACCCAUCUCCUCUCCAAGGGCCAUCUGUCCCAAAAGAACCAGCUUGAAUUUCGCCAGAAGGCCGGUACCAACAACGCUGCUGCUACUACGCUCCUCACCGCAUACGACGACUGGUACAGUGCCAACAACCUUGACCCGUUGCUUGCCGAGCGCCAGGCUGCCAAGGAUGGCCGCACGAACAAGAGAAGAUCAUCUGGACAGAAUGCUUUGAUCCAAAACACCCUGAUCCCGCCCGUCUUGACUGAUCCUGGUGUGGUUACAGCGGCGCCGAAUUCUGGAGUUGCAGAGACCACGACCUUGACAACUGUCUACAACGGUACUUCUGCUAUCCGAAUCGCGAACGGAACAACCAAUAAAACUCCUGUUGUUGCAGCGGCUUCGACUCCUAUUGCAACUGCGGCUACAACCCUCUUUGCGACUGCAUCUCCUGCUGUUGCUGUUACAGAAGCACACACCGUUGGACCCACUGUUGCAACUCCUACUCUCCCGGAUUACAUCGACCCUCGCCUUGGGGAACCCUACGGAUCUGGUCACGAGCAACUCAACCCUGAGGGUGCAUCUUCCGCUACGUCGACUGUCGGCUGGUACCAAGCCCAGCUUAUGCCUCAAGAUUCCGAUGUUUGCAAUGCUUACACGCCUGGCAAUACUGAACUGACCAGCUGGGACGGCCAGGAGGACAUCGACAACAACGGGGAGACCAUCAGCGGCGCCAUUGACCCGUUUGAGGUGGAUGAGAAGCUGACCAAUGACAAUGCCAGAUCCGAGGCGUCGAUCAGUCUGAAGGGUGUUCAGUGGCCUGGAAUGGACCUCUUUGAUGCAGCCACGCCGGAAAUGCGACGAAAGCGCAACCAGAAGAAAGAUGGGACCCUUGUGAAGCAGAUGGAAGCGAAUUCUCAGCAGGUCGAGCCCACUGAACAGAUCUUUCAAUCCACCGAAGGGCUGCCCUUCCAGGCGGAACGUGAGAUUACCGGCAAAGUUGAAGAUUACCCCCCUCUGGAAGGCGAGUCCCCAAUUGCAAAGAAGGGCCCAGUUCGCGGCAAGCCGGGUAUGCUCCGGGAGCGCGAUGCCAACGUUCCACGCGCCAGGGACACAAAGCGUGUUAAGAAGGAGAAUCCUCGCAGCCGUGAUGAGAGUGAAGACACACUGGAGUACACUGAACCAGCUCGUUUCCCGAAUAACUUCGGAUCGGCCUAUCGCGAGGCAGACGGAGAUCAACGACGUGCUCUACAAGGCCCGCGAUUCUCUGUCUUCAAAGACGAGCAGGAUCAGACUCACACCGAGUCCGCAAUGAUUCAGGCUCCUCAGGGCACAUUGGCUCCAGCCCAACUCGCCCUCAACAACACAUCGAAUAUCUCGCACCACCAUGGACAUAGAAUCCCGCCAAGCAAUGAAAAUAUUGAGCCCAUUAUGAGCAUCGCGAAUCGAGCUAACCCUCCGAUUUUCAAUCCGAUGUCGCCUUUUGUGAAUGGAAACAACAUCGGCCAGGGUUACUUCUACAACGACCCAAUUUUUGGCCAAUUGUGGGUUGCUGUUCCAUCCCAACUCAAUCCAAUUUUCGGCGCUACUUCGGCCACAACGUUCGGCCAUCAUUCGUACGGCGAAGAGGUCCCUCUGCCCAACAGCCGCUGGACCACCAAUUCGCAAGCGAUGGCUUCUGGCGCCGGUACCAUUGAGGAGGAUGAUGAGGACACAUUCACUCAGAUGCACACUGGAACGACCUAUCAAGAGAACUAA